AUGGCAAGAAGUCCUUCGAAAGGUGCGCUCAAAGGUAACCUUGACAGACAUCGCACACGACGUACCUUUAAGCCAUCGACUGUAUGGGAUCAUUUCUUACGGUUAACUGACGGCAACGUUCAAUGUAUUCAUUGUGCAAAGGUGUUAAAACGAAAGGAUAGCUCGACAAAAACCAUGUGGAGCCAUCUUCGUGCGAUACACUUUAAAGGUGGUGAUAGUACUGUGGUACAGGCGACAGCAACGCUCACUCGUAAUUCGCAUUCGCCGGUUAUCAAAACUUGUGAUUUAAAUUCUGUUAUUGCGACGUCGGAUUUGAUUGUUAGUACACAAAGCUGGUUAAAAGAACAACUGGGUAUACCAAAUUCAUCUACCACUUCUAUGACUUUUUCGAGUGAGGACAAAACAGUUGAGGAAGGUGGAAAGGAAGAGUUUAAGAAAAUCAAUGAAACGCUUGGGGGAAGUUCGAGGACAACGGAGGGGCAACCAGCAGUGGAAGUAACUGAAUCACGAGACGGAGGGACGCCGACUCAGCCAUACGUCAAAAGAAGUCACUGUGCCAACGGGAUCUCAAAUACCAGAGGAAUUUCGGGUUAUAGUCAAUCAAGUAAUGGGAAAAGUACACCAAGUAGCCCUAUAGCUGUUCGAGCUCCGCUUACAAAACAGCAGCAAAAAGCAGAGGAUAAUGAAACAAUGAGUUUUUUGGCUUCUAUUCCACGUGCUUCUGAGGUGAUUAAAAUAACAGCUCGAUUUUCCGGUGAUGGGUCCAACAUGAGUGUAGCCAAGGAGGCUUUCGCAAAUGUAGAUGGACGCAGUGGAGAAAAAGCCGACUCAAAUGCACGCCAAUCAGCACCGCCAUCUUCAAGAUCUCCAUCAGUAACGUCUACAAAUACUCACCUGCAGGCUCCUUUCCAAUAUUUACCCUCGAAUCAUAUCUCUGCCCCAUUUGGCUAUUUGUCUGCGCCAAGCAUUUUGCCUUCUAAUGUAGACGCUUGCCAGAUCAGUUUUUCGCUCGAAGACGCUGACUUUCUUUCUUUACUAGUGCAGGUUUCAAAGGAUCUCGAUUGCCGAUUCACAUUUGAGUGUCGUGACGCACCGCUGUUUUGCAUUAAGCCGCAGAUGUGUUCGGAUAAUGAGUCCAAAGAGUUGGAAUUGGUCUUUGUCGACUUGGGUAAUGAAAUCCGAGUUAUUGAGCGUCUUAAUGGGAAUGAUAGUGAUACCGAGCUAUGGCAUAAAAUGGAUUUCUCUCAGUUCUCUUGGGCGGUCCGAGCUAAAUGGGCUCCUCACAGUAAAUUGUUAGCUUGUAAUGUAGAUGCUGUCUGCUACAGGUGUACUUUGGAACCACGUAUGAUAAGUGGAAGCGUGGAGCUUCAUAUUUUGCACGACCUCAGUAGGGUGCAACGGUAUAGAAGUUACAGUCAGCAUGUGAAAAAGGACCCUAUUUAA